CCAUCAUGGUCCUCCUGGUGGCCCUCCAGUUGUUGAUCGGUGGUAUAAGUAGUGGCUGGAUCCGCACAACGUCAUACCCCGUGGCAAACUAUCCAACCCUUAGCGAUGCCACUAUUGAACGCUCACUGCUGGCCUUACAAGCAACACAUUCACCAGCGUCGAUCUUGUCAAAGCGUACCUCUCCCGGAUAGCAGAGGUCAAUAGUACAUUUCAUGCUGUAACUGAGGUGAACCCUAAUGCUCUGGAUAUUGCGGCCAUGUUGGAUGAUGAGCGCUCGGCAGGAUCUAUUCGUGGGCCGCUUCAUGGAAUCCCGAUCCUGAUCAAGAACAAUAUUGCCACCUACGACAUGAUGGGCGCAACUGCUGGUUCGUGGGCUCUUGCGGGAGCGAAAGUGCCCAUGGAUGCCACCGUUGCGCGUAAGCUUCGGGCGGCGGGUGCAAUCAUUAUCGGAAAGACGAGUAUUACUCAGUGGGCGAACUUUCGAUCCUUGAACGCAAGUAAUGGCUGGUCAGCUCUUGGAAGUCAGGUCUACGGACCGUAUUUCCCCGAAAGCAGAUCCGUGGGGCAGUUCUAGUGGAAGCGGAGUAGUCUCUGCACUCGGCCUCGCUCUGGCCUCAUUAGGUACCAAAACUGAUGGUUCCAUCACAGGGCCUGCUUCGUUCAAUAACGUGGUGGGCAUCAAGCCAAGUACGUCUGUGUAUCAUUGAAGUCGGUUUCACGAGUUAGACUGAUAUGGCUUCAGCUGUUGGACUGA